UUCAUCUCUUCAUCUUCAUCAGUAAAGUGCUGCUGCUGUUUUUAACACGACAAAGAGCGUGGGUCUGUGACGUCACGGGCUCGUCCUCCUGCAGGGACGUGUGAGGAAGAGGAGGAGGAGGAGGAGAAGUUAGGAGGAGGACAGACUCUGGUCCUCAGUGUGAUCUUCCUCUCCGGUGCAGACAUGUUGGACACCCUCACCUUCCUCCUGGAGAGACUCUUCCUCCUGGCUCACAUCAAGCUCUCCUCCCAGCUGCGCCCGCCGCUCACCGGCCGCUGUGACCGGGACGACGCUCCGCCGCUGCCCGCCGCUCCUCCGCACAGGUUCCAGCGGGGAGACCUGCUGGAGGUCCCGCGGACCCUCUUCACCCACUUCGGCAUCUACCUGGGCGAGAACCGGGUGGCGCACAUGAUCCCGGACAUCCUGCCGGUGCUGACGGCGGAGCGGCGGCAGAUCCAGGAGAUGGUGACGAACACGCGGCUGCUGCUCGGGGUCCUCUCCAAGCGCGCCUCCGUGCGCGUGGACUCGGUGGAGGACUUCGCUUACGGAGCCGCGAUCCGGCUGAACGCCAUGGACCGGGCGGUGCUCCGCAGCGCGCUGCCCGGGGAGGAGGUGGCCCAGCGGGCGGAGCUGCUGCUCGGCUCCGUGUCCUACAGCCUCCUCUGGAACAACUGCGAGCACUUCGUCACGCACUGCCGCUACGGGAGCGCGCAGAGUCUGCAGACUGACCAGUUCUGUGGGUGGCUGAAGACUCUGAUCCAGGACCAGCGUAACGUCGUCCUGACGGCUCUGCUCGGGCUCCUGUCCAUGGUGUGCUUGGGGAUAUCCUCCAGCACGGCCCUGCCCACCCUCCUCAUCCCCUUCACCCUGUGGAUGGCCAGUUAGAAACUUCAAGUCGCCAAGGAAACAGGCCCAGCCUCCGACAGAGAGGACGGAAUCGUCUGCAAACAAUUUCAUCCACGUUAAUAACUCGAUAGUGACAGAAGCUAAAUCCACUUGUAGCUCUUUGUUUCUGCUGCACAUGAACUCUUUUAACGUCUCUGUUUGCUAAGAAUAAACAGCAGAGGAAGAAACUAGCAAUUAACAUUAGCAGCAUUAGCCACCAGGACAUGACUGAUAGAUAAAAGAAGACAAGGAAGAAAAACAGAAGUGUUUGAAGUGUUUUUACAAAGUUUUUAAAGACUUAAAGUUUAGUGGAAUUCCCAACUUGAAACGGACCAAAGAUCAACUCAAAGAAACUUUUAGUUUCCUUUUUUUCAGUUUUUAUGAAAAUGUUUUAUAUUUUUCCUCCAGAUGAAACCUGAUAAUGUCAGAAUCUUCGCAGCUUGGUUUGGUCUCGAUUUGCCGUCAGAUUCAUCAAAUCAGGUUUGUUUAUUUUGUCAAAAGCUGAAUCGAGUCAAGGUCGUUUGACUGAAUGAUGCCGUCAGCCAAUCAGACACCAGUGUUUAUUAUGCUACGUGUUCAUUUCAGCUCUUAAAGGAUCAGUCUGCUGUUUUUCUGUAUUUGUAUUAUUGUAAAAAAUAACGACGUGUUCGUCCGCCUCAGUGAAGUGGGAGAUAUCAAGGACUAGUUGAAGUGGCAGAAUAAUCUACAUGUCAGGUUUUGUGAAAAUGGGAAACCUCGAUGUUGGUUUUUCUUUUCACAUGAGAUUUAUUGACAAGAAGAAAAAUUCAGAUAAUCACCAGUUCAGUUCAUUAAUACCACCUUAAAUUUUCAUGUUUUAAAUGAAAUAUUGAACGUUCUUAGUCUUCUACUCUUGAAAUAACAAAUGUUUAUUGACCCUGAAAAGACCGUUGAGAUCCAGAAAAUCAACUUUUCAGGCUUGUUUAGAUUUUUUGUGGGAGAAAAUAUCAAAGAAGCUUAAAAACUUAAAAACUGAACUUAAAAAACCUUUCAAAUAUCUGUUAAGAACGAGAAAGAUUGUGUUUAAAGAAAAUCCUGAAUUUUUGUCCCCUGGAGCUUUCAACCCCGUCUUGCUGUUGAAAAGGUUUCAGGUUAAAAAUACGUAAUCGGUGGUUUCCAUCUUUAUUGUACACAACAGUACAACUGUAAUAAUGAGAAAGAUAUUUCCCUCCACAAAAUCCCUGAAGCUCUUCUGUAAAUAUCUGUAAAUAUUUUUGUCGACCUGAUUGUUUCUAACAGUCACAAGCUUCUGUACAAAAUGUUUUUUUACGACGCUGUAACACUUUAUACCGUGUUUGUGUAAAUAAAAGAAACGGAG